AUGGAAAAAAUAACUUCCACUGAGGAAGCAUCAAUUUUUAUUAAAUUUCUUAAUACAUUUUUUGAUAAAAUUGGUAGAUUCGUCACAAAAAAUUAUAUAUUUAUUUUAAUUGUAACAAUUAUUUUAACAUCUUUAUGUGGAUUACAUGUAUCAAAAACAAAACAAACAUCUAUACCAUAUGGUUAUACACCAUCAGAUGCUCGUUCAAUUAAAGAAAUAGAAAUUUAUGAAAAAUUUUUUAAUCAAAAUGGUAGAGGUAUAACUAUAUUUAUAAUGGUUUUAGCUAAAGAUAAUGGCACAAUGUUAAGAAAUGAAUGUUUAAAUGAUACAAUAAGGAUUAUAAAUUAUCUUCAAAAUAAUAUUACUUUUGAUGAAUCAAAAACAGGAAAUAAUUUGACAUUCUCACAAUUUUGUACUGGUUUUUGUGAUAUUAAUGAAGGUAUCAGACAAUUUUAUAAUGGUUUUCAAAUUUUAUGGAAAGAUAAUGAAAAUGGUUUAAAAAGUAAAGAUUUAAGAGUUAAUUUAUCAUAUCCAAUAACAUCAUUAUUUGGAAGAUCAUUUAGUAUACAAGAAAAUUUAUUUGGUGUUAAAUUAAAAAAAAAUAUUACAGUUAAUGAUUUAACAAAUAUGGAAUUUGCUAAAAUGAUUAUUUUACAAUUACGUUCAGAAAAAAAACCAACUUGGACAUUAAGUGAUGUUAAAAGAUAUGAAAUUAAAAUAUCAAAUUAUUUAAAAAAUUCAUUUAAAUCAGAUAAUGUUUAUGCUAUAGGAAUAUCACAAUCAUAUCUUGAAAAAGAAAUGACAAUGACAGGAAAGUCAAUGGAACCAUUUUUAGGUGUUGGAUUUAUAUUAAUGACAAUAUUUACAGUUACAACAACAUAUAUAAGUAGUGCUAUCAAUAGACAAUUUACAAUAUAUAAAUUUAUAUUAACUUUUUCUGCAUGUAUUGUUCCAUUAAUGUCAACUGCUACAACAUUUUCAUUAAUGAUAUUUAUGGGUUUUCCUUUUAGUCCAAUAUUAGCAAUAACACCAUUUUUAAUAUUAGCAAUAGGCAUUGAUGAUUCAUUUUUAAUGAUUCAUGCACAACAAAGAUUUGUUACACAAAAACAUUCAAAAUUAGAGUAUGAAGAAUUAAGUAAAAAAGAUAUUGAAGAUUGUAUAUCAUAUGUUACUUGUGAAACAGGUCCCUCAAUUCUAUUGUCAGCUUUUACAAAUAUUUUAGCAUUUUUUGUAGGAUGUAUUACAUCACCACCUGAAAUUCAAUUAUUUUGUAUCGGAAAUGGUUUUGCUAUAUUAAUAGAUACAAUAUAUCAAUUAACAACCUUCUCAGCUAUAAUGACAUAUGUAUGUGAAAAAGAAUUUAUUUGUAUGGUUGAUAAUGAAAAAUAUACAUUAAUCAAUAGAAUUCAUAAAAAACUUAAUAUGUCACCUGAAUUAUCGAGAAAAACAAAAAAUAAAUUAAUUGAAAUUGUAAAAUUUAUAAUUAAUUUGAUAACAACAUGGAAAAUGAUAUUAUUAUUAUGUAUUAUAUUCAUUUGUUAUAUUAUUUUUUCAAUAUUGGGAAUAUUACAAUUACAUAUAAAUUUGAGACCAGAAAAAUUUUUUCUCCCAAAUUCACAACUUCUUGAUGCAAAUCAUUAUAAGACAGAAUAUGUUAUACCAAUUAUGACACCAUUAAUGAUUUUUGUUGGGAAACCUGGUAAUUUAUCUGAUCCAAUACAAGUAAAAAAACUUGAAAUGAUAGUUAAUGAUUUUGAAAAUAUGAGUAAUUCAAUUGGUAAAAUAUCAACAAGAUUUUUUCUAAGAGAUUUUAUUGAAUUUAAUAAUGCAAUAGGUGAAGAAGAAGGUCAUCUUAAUUUGGAAGAAUUUGAAAAAUUUUUACAAUGGCCUGAGUAUAGUUUUUGGAAAGGUUUUUUAAAAUUUAAAAAUGGUACUAGUGAAUUAGAUAGUUUCUUUUUUACAACUGGUUUUGAAGGAAAAGAAUUAAGAGACAUUACUUAUAGAGGUAAUCUUUUACAAUUAUGGAGAAAGAAAGCUGAUAUCUAUAAAGAUGAAUUUGAAGUAUCUGUUUAUAAUGAUGACUCACCAGUAAUAGAUUUAAUUAAUACUAUACCAUCAGUUACAUUACAAAGUUCAUUAAUAACAUUUUUGUCAAUGGGCUUUGUUGUAUUUUGGUUUCUAUAUGAUUUAAAAUCAAUUCUUAUUGCAUCAACUUCAAUAUUUUUUAUCUGUUUAGGUGUUAUUGGAUAUUUAAAUUGGUGGAAUAUUGAUUUAGAUCCUAUAAUGAUGGCAACAAUUAUUAUGACAAUUGGUUUUUCUGUUGAUAUGCCAGCACAUAUAUGUUUUCAUUAUCAUAAAGCAUCAUUAGAAAAUCCAAAUUGUAACAGUAAACAAUUAAUUGAACAUACUAUGCAUGCUGUUGCAUUUCCAAUCCUUCAAGCAGGAUUCUCAACAAUAGCAUGUGUUAUUUCAUUACUUUGGGUUAAUUUAUAUAUGGGUGAAGUAUUUGUAAAAUCUAUGACAUUAUGUGUUAUUUUAUCAUUAUUGGAAGGAUUAAUAAUGAUACCAAUAAUAUAUUAUGUUAUUGAAAAAAUAAGUUGUAAAAAAAAAGGGAAUAUAAUUGUUCCUGUAUCAAUUGGUAUUUCUACUAAUGAUACAACAUCAGAAGGAUCAUUAUCAAUAACAAAAAUAAAAACUAACAGAAAAAAUAAAAAUGAUUCUUUAAAAUUUUAA